CCGGAAACGUCGUCUUUAGCGGAUCCCUCUGUGACUCAGUGACGAGGGACUAGUUUUAGGUGGCGAUUAGACAAACCCCGAACCUUAGACCGUAUAACACCCCGACUCACAUAGACACACGCCCUUUGUUCUCAUUCGUUGCAGGAAGUCUUUGCAGUCAAGUUGAGUGCUGCUUGCUGGUGCGUCGUGGUGCUCUGUGCUGCUGCAGGUUUCUCACCGCUCGACUCCGACUGAGCUAUUUAAGGAUGGCAAAAUCUAAUAGACCCACCACCAAAAUUGCUAACGUCUACCGGGGGACAUUUAUCCACUCGACCCAGCAAACAGCGCUGCAGAUCCUAAAAGAUGAGCUCCUCGGAGUGGAUACGGACGGAAAGAUCGCUUUCAUUGGGAAAGGCGUGGAGCUAGACAGUCUGUCUCAGACCUUUGGAUUCAAUCCGACUGAAGUCACUCAACUGGCACAACAUGAGUUCUUCAUGCCAGGACUGGUGGACACCCACAUCCAUGCAUCCCAGUACAGCUACAUAGGCACAGCACUGGACAUGCCUUUACUGCAGUGGCUCAAUACCUACACCUUUCCUGUGGAGUCACAAUUCAAGGACUUGCAGUUUGCCCACAGUGUCUACUCUAAAGUAGUGAAAAGGACCCUGAGCAACGGAACAACCACUGCAUGUUACUUUGCUACCAUACAUACAGAUGCCUCUCUCCUGUUGGGCCAGAUUGCAAAUGACUUUGGGCAGCGUGCCCUUGUUGGCAAGGUGUGUAUGGACAGGAACGAUUCUGUGCCAGAUUACAAAGAGACCAAUCAGGAAUCUCAAGAGGAAACCCGCCGGUUCAUUGCAGAGCUGUUGAACAAAAAAUACCCUCUGGUGAGACCAGUGGUGACUCCCCGCUUCCCUCUAUCCUGCACCGGAGCCUUGCUAAGACAGCUGGGAGCAAUCGCUAAGACUAACAACCUGCACAUUCAGAGUCAUAUCAGUGAAAACCUAGAGGAAGUUAAGCUUGUGCUGGAGCUGUUUCCUGAAUCAGAGUCGUACACAGACAUCUAUCUCAAACAUAACCUGCUCACUGACAAGACGGUGAUGGCUCAUGGCUGCCACCUCAGUGAUGAAGAGUUGGUUCUGUUCAGAGAGGCAGGAGCCUCUUUGUCUCACUGCCCCAAUUCCAACAUUUCGUUGUGCAGUGGAAUGUUGGAUGUCCGCAACGUCCUGAAACACGAAGUGAAGUUGGGGCUGGGAACAGAUGUGGCGGGGGGCUACUCGGCCUCUAUGCUGGACUCUGUGAGAAGAACUCUGGACACAUCCAAAGUCUUAAAAAUCCAGAACCCAGAAUACAACACACUCACCUUUGAGGAGGUGUUCAGACUGGCCACACUGGGAGGCAGCCAAGCCUUGUCCCUGGAUGGCCAGACAGGGAACUUCGAAGUGGGCAAAGACUUUGACGCCCUGAGGGUGAAUGUAACUGCUCCUGGUGGACCCAUCGACCUGGUCCAGCCUGAGGAACCAAAGAUUCUUUUGGAAAAGUUCUUGAAUUUGGGUGAUGACCGUAACAUAGUAGAGGUGUUUGUGGCCGGGAAGAGGGUGGUACCAUUCGCAGAGCCAACAUCAAAAUAAACACUUUGGUCACUUAAAGCCUAAAUCCCCCUCGAAAGUCAGCUUGAAGAGAGUGUUAACUAACAAAAUACAAGUUAAUCUGAGAAAUAUACAAGAUAUGCAGCUUUAUAACGAUCAGUGGGAAACGCCCUACUGCACAGUUCUCCUUUAAUGCCAAGACAAAUAAGUAGGAAAUGAAUUAUCCCCAUUGCCAUUCCACUCUUAGAUACAGAGGACAGGGCUUUGUUGCUUUGUAACAUCUGCCUUGGGACUACAGAUGAAAAAUAGCCUCUUGGCUAACUCUGGCGCAUUUACAGAAAUGUUUUUAUUAAUUUGCACUAUCCCUUAUCAAAUAAACCUAUAAAUAAAUAGAAGAGGAAACAUGAUAUUAAUGAGUUUCAGUGAGGGUCAUCACUUUGUUUCUUUAAUAAGGGACUUAUUAAAAUUGCACUUGCUGUUUGUCAUUUUUGCGCACUAAAACAUAUUCAUGCACCAGCCCAUUGCUUAUUAAGAUCUUUAAGUCACUCUUUAUGUUCACAUUUUUUUUUGAGUUUUUGUUAUAUUUACCUAAACUCCUUACUUAAACUUACAAGUACAAGUACUAGUGAUUAUAGUGUGCUAGCUACAACAUAUUUUCCAUUGCAUUUUGAUAUCACAUUGUGUUGCCUUAAGAAAUUUAAAGUAGACAAUAGUCUGUAAAGUUAAAGGGAUAGUUCACCCACAAUAUCGAAAGUACUUAUUUUCCUCUUACAUGUAGUGCUAUUUCUCAAUUUUGAUUGUUUUGGUGUGAGCUGCCUAGUUUUGGAGGUAUUGCUCAUGGAGAUGUCUUCCUUCUCUCCAAUGUAAUGGAACUACAUGGCACUCGGCUUGUGGUGCUCAAAGCAAAGUCUGGGGAUUAUCUUCAGUUCCUUGCUUUGAGCACCACAAGCCAAGUGCCAUGUAGUCGCAUUAUAAUGGGGAUAAGGCAGACGUCUCAACGGCUGAUAUCUCCAAAACUAGGCACUCACACUUAAACAAUCUAGAUGGAGAAAUACCACUGCAGGUAAGAGGAAAAAUGUGUGUUUUUGAUUUUGAGGUGAGCUGUAAGUGUGAUAGUAACAGGAGUGGUGGCGUAGAGUAGUGCCUCACCUGAUUGUCUUCAGUGGCUUGGUGAACUCAUUUUAAUGCUGUUGCUAGAAAAUGCUGGAAUCAUAUCUCCUUCAGUUUUUACACACUUGGUGCGUUGUUAUCAGAAGCUGGUUUUCUCAUCAUAUAAUUAGAGUAGAUGAGAUCAAUUCAAAGUUUGAGUACUGAUCAUUUACGUAUGUAUUUGUAUCACCAUUACAAACUAUCUGAAUGUUGGGAAAUGAAGGGAAAUUAGUGCACAGCUAGCUUAUUAUGUCUUUUGUCUUGAGAAUGUAUUUGAGAUAUGUUUAAAAUUGUUAUCACAACAUAUCACUCUACACCUAAAUGUAUAUGUUAAAGGGACUCUUUGAUAUGUCACAUCGUGGGAGAUUAAAAUAAAGAAUACUACCAAGUCUG